CUUGAUGCCACCUACCCCUUCGCUGGGCCCGCACUCCUCCCGCCUCAUAUACACGCUAUUCGCUCUCCUCCACUCGAGCCUCAACCCUUACUCUUCUUCUGGCCGAACCCAUGUCCAUUCCAAACGAGCAACGACAUUCAAUCCUCAUUCUCCCAAGGACAUCGUUUUCGCAUGCCUCAUUCCGGUCCUCGUCCUCCUGUCAGGUGUCUUCGCCGGAUUGACUCUCGGGUACAUGAGUUUGGAUCAAACGCAACUCAAUGUGCUUUGUCUGAGUGGUACUCCUGAACAGCGUAAAUAUGCUCAGAAAAUCUUGCCCAUCCGCAAGAAUGGUCACCUACUGCUGGUGACACUGCUGCUCGCCAACAUGAUCGUGAACGAGACGCUCCCCAUUAUCAGCGAUCCGGUCCUUGGUGGCGGAGUCCAGUCCGUCGUUGUCAGCACGGUACUCAUCAUCAUAUUUUCGGAAAUCAUCCCGCAGUCGCUCUUCACCCGCUACGGCCUCUAUCUUGGAGCAAAGGCAGCGCCAUUUACGCAGUUACUCAUCUAUGCCUUGGGAGUCAUCUCGUGGCCAGUGGCCAAGCUACUCGAGUUUGUGCUUGGCUCACAUCACGGCAUCAUCUAUCGCCGUGCCGAGCUGAAGGAGCUCAUCGCCAUGCAUUCGGCUCAGGAACAUCACGGAGGCGAUUUGAAAAUGGACACUGUGGCUAUUAUCGGAGCCACCCUUGACUUGCAGGAAAAGAUCGUCCGAGAUGCUAUGACUCCUAUCGAGAAUGUGUUCAUGCUCUCGAUUGACGCUCGUCUCGACUAUGAUCUCAUGAAGAAAAUUGUCGCGUCUGGCCACAGUCGCAUUCCUGUCUUCGAAGAGAUCGACGCGCCCGCUUCAGUGCGCGUAGCGAACAGCAGUGUUACCAAAGUGAAGAAGAUUCUUGGUAUUCUUCUCGUAAAGCAACUGGUGCUCAUCGACCCCAAGGAGGCUCCUCCAAUCCACACAAUUCCAUUGAACACUGUUCCCUUCGUCUACAACAAUCAGACGCUUCUCGGUAUCCUAGACAAGUUCCAGGAAGGGCGCUCCCAUAUUGCCAUUGUCAGUCGUUACAGCGUGGAAAAGGUGCAGAAGGUACAGAAGGAGGUCAAGCGAGGCCUCACUCAGCGUUUGCGCGAGAAGGUUGGAAUGGGCGACGAUUCUGACGACGAGGCAGAAGAGACUGAGAAGAAAAAAGACACUCAGACGACCGAUGUCGAGAGUGGCAGUUCUGACGACAACGAAGAGGGCGACGUUGUGAUCAGAGACUAUGGUGCUGAUCCCCUGUCCGGAGUGCCUGUGAAACCGCCUAGUGGAUCGAGCUGGACCGGAUCGUCUGGAUUGGAGCAAAGCAUGCCCGCGGAUGCCGCUCUCAACAUUGCGGAUAUGGACCAGUUCUUCGCUGGAUUGGACACCUCUGUCAUGCCGGUUGGAAUCAUCACACUCGAAGAUGUCUUAGAGGAACUCAUCGGCGAAGAGAUAUUCGACGAAUUCGAUGCGGAUGGUGCGAAAGGAACUUACGUUCACCACCGCAAGCAUCUCGUGCCUAGCCACCACGGUUCUCCCGCUCUCGGCGCUCUUGCGGCCAACGAAAGACCGCCUGCAGUGGGGACCCCUACCGGCGGCUUGCGCACGCUCAACUUCUUGCGGUCUCGCAGUGUUCCGCCUUCGCAACGGGACCCUGGCGAUGGCAAAUCCGCUGAGCCCCAAGCGCAGUCCAAGCCUGCGUUGAAGGAUGGACGCGAGCUCGAGCCGGAAGUACACACAGCCGAGGUGCCCAAAGAUGCCGCGCCCGGCCCAGAUAUGCCUCUCGAGGCAGUUCUUCGGGCUGGAAUGGGCCGCCGUGGUCGUGUUGCAGCGGCUGGGUCGAGCGGGCCCCGCGGUCGAUUCAAGAGCAGCCCUCUAGAUGCUGGUAAGGGCGUUGAAACCGCCGGCCUAGCUGUUGAAGAUCCCCAAGAAUCCAAACCGCCUGAACAGUCUUGACCAUGUAGCACCCUGGUGUAUUUGUAGCUUUUAUUGCAGUCCUCGUUAUAAUGUCCGAUGCAACUAGAUCGUCAUUAGGCCUGGUAUGCCGGCGCAA